AUGAGACAAACUGAAACGCCCAGCAAGAGUGAUUUAAAUACGCCGGCAGAAAAUAAUGAUUUUAAUAUUGGAACAACAAUCAUCGAUAAAAGCGAAGAAGAAUCUGAAGAACAGUUUAGUCAAUAUAAUAUUUCACAAUCUUAUAGUGCGAUUAGUGAAUAUGAAAGACAAUAUAAAUCAUACACUAAGAAUAUAACAAAAAAAAUUGGAGUUCUACCUUCCAAAAAGAAUGUUGAAAGUUUAAUUAAGUCUAUGGAAGGUUCAUGUUUAUCAACCGUUUGCAAAGCUCGAAAGGAUAUAGAAGAUGCAAGUACCGAAUCAAUUCGAAAGCAUAUUCUUUUUAAGUUAGGAAUGGAUCAUGAGCCCAAUAUUACAAAUUAUCCUAAAAUAACAGACGAAUUUCGAGAAAUUUUAUGCAAAAGGAUUAAUAUAAGUCCUGAAAAUUGUUUUGGAAGAAAGUUACCAUCUAAUGAAUAUCAAUCUGAUGCGCCAAUUGCACCAAACAAUAAUGAUUACGAUGAGGAUCAAAGUACACAAUUCUAUGAAGACGAACGAUACAUGUCGUAUGAUAAUAGAAUUUAUGCUUUUCCUAGCACUGCUAUAAAACCGCGCCAUAAAAGUCAUUUAAUUUUUCAAUUUACGGAGUCUCAAGAAUUGAAUAACGCUGUCAUAUAUGCAACAUUGAAUCUUUUCAUUCAUAGUGAAACAUAUCUGAAAUCUAACAAUAUACAUGUCCCUCAAGGCAUACAGUUCUUAGAUAUCGAAGUAGCAAAUAUUUUACAAGGAUUGCAACAUAAAAAGAUUUAUAAUACGUACCAGAACAUUUCUAUACCAAAAGGAGACACUAAUGGUGCAUUUAUACAACUGAAUAUAACCAAUUUAGUGUCUGAAUGGUUUUUGAGUCAAAAAACAACGCACGGAAUUGCUUUAAAAAUUAUGUUCUCAAAAACCGGAUUGGUUUUACCACACAAGGUUAUUUCUUUAGAUUCAGGCAAUUAUUCUACGAGACCAUUCAUCGAUAUACUUCCAAAAGAUCAAAGGAAGAAAAGAUUAAAACGAAGCAGCCCUCGUUGUCAAAAGGGAUCAAACGAGAGUCGUUGUUGCCGUCAUGAAUUAACAGUAGAUUUUGAUAAGUUUGGAUGGGACUGGAUUAUUGCUCCAAAAAAAUAUGAUGCAAAUUAUUGCGCCGGAGAAUGUCAAAUAGCAUUUUUGCAACAAUAUGCUCAUACUCAUGUAAUGCAAUUAAGCACGGCAGCAAAUCCUUGUUGCUCUCCUCGAAAGAUGACUCCAAUGCAAUUGCUGUAUUUUGACUCUCAACUUAAUAUUGUUUUGGGCACGAUACCAAAUAUGAUAGUUGAAGAAUGUUUUUGUUCAUAAUAAGACUUGAUUUAUGGUUGCAUGUAAGAAAAUCAAAGAUUUAUUAAUAAGAAGCUUAAACUUGAUAUUCAUGUCAGUAUUGCAAUCAAGAAAAAUAAUUUCAGACCUCUUAGAUUUAGAAGAAAGGUAGAUAGUUUCUAGAAGAAAGAAAAAAGAGAAUUUUAAAUAUAGAUUUGUAAUAUAAAAAUUAUUAAAUUA